AUGGCUGGCUUGCCGUCGCGCCCCGGAAUGAAGAGAUUUUGGCCGAUGCGGAUUUUGUUGGCUUCCUGCAGCUGGCGGCUCGUUUCGUUUGUGGGCAGCUGGCCAUCGCUGGGCGGACCCAGUCGCAGUAGUUCACAUAUACGCAUGCAUCAAGCUGCACCGACGAAAGCGUCACAGCGCACGGACACACUCACCGACGAAUGGAUUGACAUACAAGGCGCUCGGGCGAAAUUCGGGGCCAAGACACCCUUCCGAGUCAGCUUGGGUGGUGCGCCUGACCUUGCCAAACAGUGGCUGUACGGAGAUGGUCCAAGCGACAACAGUGUUGACCGGUUGGUGCAAGCCGGUAAGCCGGCCUUUUCCAAGAUUCAGCGCGCGAAGGAUUUGGAGUCCAGCGCAACGGGCAUGCAGGUCUAUGAGUUUUCUUUGCCAACCUUGGAUUUGAUGGGGCUCGGUAAAGCAACCUCUUCUAUCAAUCUAUUCGGCGCCAUUCGGAACAUGGACGGGCCUGAUGCCGACAAGUUUUUAGAUAUCGGGACCUUCGGCAAUCCCCGGGCCAGCAUCCAGUUUGCCACCGGGGCAGAGAUAGCUCUGCCCAUGUUCUCGUUGAACGUGACGGGUGCAUUGAGCAUCGAGGGCGAUGCGAUUUCGGAGCGCAGGUCAGAGGCGGUGGGCUGGGUGUCCAUCGAAGUGCAAGGUGAGGUUCCGAGUGUAGCCGGCAUUACACUUCCCGAGGAGGUGCUCCGCGCAGCAGCGAAAGAGGCCUGCCGCCAGACCUGCGCCUAUGCCUCCCGCAAGCUGGAGGUUGAGCUUUCUGAAGAUUUCGCAUCGUGGCGAGCAGAGCGGGUCCGGCGCGAGAGGUCGCGCAAGUAA